AUGAGUAUCAGAGACAUCCCACCCGAGAUCUUGAAUCUUGUCCUUGGCCAGCUUUUCGAGUACGAACACGACGAUGACCCCGAAUCCCCCAUCAACCACGGGCACCUCCGCAACGCCCGCCUUGUCUGCCGGCAGUGGCACGAAUUCGCAACAAGACACCUGUUCCGGACCUUGGUCUUGGAUUAUGCGCCAAACGAGGAAGUGCGGUCCCGGCAAGACAUACCGUGGACCCACGCCGUCAACAGCGAGACAAUCCAACCGCUUGUCCAGGACGUUGUCAUUCAGAGCCAUCCAGAUGCGCUGGACAUGGACGAGGACCCGGUGAGCGAUGCGGAGGACUGGGUGACGGAGGACAAUGAGGAGGACAGUCCGUUUGACGUCGCCGUGGCCAGCAUUGCUCAGCUACCGAAUCUCAAGUCGGUGCAGAUCUGGUUCUCCGAAAAGUGCCUAGGUCCUAGAGAAGUGGGGUGGUGGGGAGACGAUGAGGGAGUCGAGUCGAUUUCUCACCGGCUACAGACGCUCAAGACUGUGUUUGGAGCCAUACAGAAACGACGCGCCAACGCGAGUAGGACCAGCACGAUUCGAUCUCUGACUCUCAAGAACCUACAAAACGUCGCAAUCUCAGAUUUCGCCUCAUCCGACCUCUAUAAGGAUGUCAUCAAAGAUCUCAACGAGCUACACCUGUUCAUUACCCACGAGUACAACGAACAUGGGCCCGACUAUGACCUCGACCGCAUCGAGCGCCAGACGUUCGAACCGUACCUUCAAAAUGAACUCCUGCCUCCUCUGGCUCAUCAGCUCACGUCCUUGACCCUGACCUUUAGGGAGUGCUGGGGUGUCAUCCCCGCCUACUUUGACGGCAAGGGUCUCGUGUUCCCCAAUCUCAGGACCUUGACCCUGGGCGAGUUCGUCAUCGGACACCACGAUCAGUUCGACUGGGUCCUGGCCCAAAAGUCCCUCCAGACUUUGCGGCUCGACAGGUGCUUUGUCGUUUCCUACCUGCGCGUCUUGGACAGCCAAUUUAACGAGUGGCGUGUACCGACCCACGACUGGCAUGAGUACCCCGAGGGCUCGUUCGGCUUCUACGGCUCCAAAAUCUUCGCCUUCUCGGGCACGUGGGAGACGGUGUACGACGGCAUUCGCGAGGGCCUCCCCAACCUCCGGGAGUUCGGCUGUGUGCAUCACCACUGGCACAACACCUUCGACCGUCGAGAGGAGAUGGGCGCGAAUAUGUCGGCGUCUCGAUACAUCGUCUUUGAUGCGGGACUUUGUCCGAGCCCGUGGAUCUCCACAGGGGAAUACACUGGUGACAUGAACUUUGGCAACAACGAUCCCGCCGUCUGCCCGAUGGAGGAGGUUGCGCAACGCGGAAGAUACUCGCUCCAAAACCCUCUCAAUCGGGCAAAGGAGACGGAACGGGGGGAUACCCGGGCGUUUGAGGAUCUUCUUCAGGCGGUCCGGGAGCGGCGAUAG